AUGUCAAUGAUGCAAGUGGAUCCACAGGCCUCUUCACGAGCGCCAACACCUGUGCAAUCGAAGAGCACCCACUCGGUCUCCGAUUCGUCCCAAAUGCCUCCAUCCUCGACAAAACACUACCACCCGUAUUUCACGCAGGCUGAGAUCGACUACCUCUCGGAGAAGCAGCGGGGGAAGCAGUCGGCCGCGCAUGAGGAGAAGGUGCGCCAGAGCGCUUGUACGUUCCUCGAGACUGUGGGUGCGAGAGUGGGAUUCCCAAGGAGAACAAUUGCAACAGCACAGACGCUGUACCACCGAUUCCACCUGUUCUUCCCUCGAAAGGACUUCCAGUAUCACGAUGUUGCCCUCGCCGCCGUCUACGUUUCAACGAAAAUGCACGACACACUGAAGAAACCACGCGAGCUCCUCUCCGUCUCGUAUGCCAUCCGAUACCCCGACCUCGCUGCUAAGUCCAAGCACCCUGGAGGAGACAUCGACCUGGACACGAUGGACCAUACCAUGGUAGAGAAUGACCGACAACGGCUCUUGGCCAUCGAAAGGCUGAUCCUUGAGACUAUUUGUUUCAAUUUCACUGCUCGCAUGCCAUUCCCAUAUGUUAUCAAGCUUGGAAAGGAAUUGAAAGCCUCGAAGAAGCACGUCCAACUCGCCUGGAGGGUCGCCAUUGACUGUCACCGGACAAGCCUCCCACUGAUCUACCCAUCGCACGUCAUCGCCCUCGGAAGCAUAUACGUAUCAGCUCUUCUCCUUUCCUUCGAGAAACCUCCGUUGCCAACGCGAGACGGGGAGAUGAGCACAGAUAAGCUAGCGGCCAAACUCAGCUCUCCUCUGGAAUGGCAGGAGCGCUGUCGUGCACGACACGAGGACUUGCAAGGUGACCUUUUCCGCCGCCACCUUCCGACACACUGCUCACCCUCCAGCUGCUUUAAAUCAGAAUUCGCACAUACAUUUCUCGAUCUCCUCCUCCAAUUCACCCAGCAGUCGUACUCCUCAUCCACUAACACCUCCCCGAGCACACCCUCCUCACCCUCACCGCACCUGGUGGCCACACCCGGACGUGACCGCCACUCCCUCCACCCGCAGCAGAUGCAGCACCCGUAUCCGUACAAGCCCGACCAACUCAUCAGGCUCAAAAUCGCGAUGCGCGAGAACGAGGCAGAGGCAGUGCGUCCACCUGCUCCGAAGAGGAGGAAGAUCAGCGGGUUCUCGGAGCUGGAUAGCACGGAGAGGAUUGGCCAGAAUGAAGGCACAGUUAGGUUCUUGUUCGUCCCACAUGGGGUCGCGGGCGACGUGGAGUAG